UAACUAGGUCGCAGGGRAUGCAGGRGAAUGCCGGGGCGAUAAGGGCCAAAUCCGGAUUCCGAAUCCUGGUCCGAAUCCUGGACUUGGGAGCGUUGUCUUUUCGGUUUGCCUGUAAAGAAAUUGUUGUUACAAAUUUGAUUUUGAGAAGUUUACUGAGUUUUAUGAAAUGUAUAACGUUGCUCUAGUUUUACUCGAAUUUUAUGGAAUUUUAAUGAGAAUGAUUAUUACUUCAGUUUUAUGAUGUUUGUUUUAAGAGCUGAAUUUUCAGUUGUUUAUGAAAGGAAGUUGACGACAAUAUUUUCUUAUUAACUUACCACUCACUGAGCUUCUCAGCUCACUGUUUAUGUUUUGUUUUCCCCCCAGGCUGUAACUGAGUAUCUGAGUUUCUGAGUUUCAAGAAGAAUUUAGUUCAGCUUCUGCCACCCCGAGUUAUUCAAGAGUUGCAUAUCUCUUUGUAUGUAGUUUAGUUGGUUUGUAUGAAAUUUUAUCUGCAUCUUGUUGAGAGGAAAAGAAUGUAUAGAAUGGAUGUAAGAAUGGUUGUUUGAUUAAGAUUAAUAUCUUAUUGUGCAUCCAUUCGGAGUUGUUAGUCAAAGUUCAGGUCAAAGGUAAGAAAGAAGUUGACCACUGACUUCGUAGUUAGUCGGGGUCUGUGGUCGGCGCGACUCGUUCUAGGACUAGUAGGUGUUUGGGACGGGUCGUGUCAGUACAUCAUAUACUUCAUUUUGUCAAUAUAUCGAGGUUCUAACUAGUUUACUUUCAGUCACAAUACGUCGAUAGUGCAUCGGCGACGGACGAGGUCGUACCAGACCAAUCACAGCAUGUAGACUCGGACGAAAUACGUCUCAUAUCACAACCAUUGCCACGUCCCAAAAUUCAGUGACCACAUCGGGAAAGGAGAGUACCAUGGAAGUUGCGUGCGUCGGUUGAAGUGAAGGUGGACGAAAAACGACAUAAGGUCAUACAAUACAAUCCAGUUGUGGAUAUUCCAAAAGAGGAGGAUGACAAAUUUCAGGUCUGGCUAGAUGACGAUGACAGACGUUCAACGCGAAAGACCGCAUACUCCAUCAGGAAUAAGGCCUGGUUCCGCAACCUAUUGAGGCCAGGUAACUGGUGCACAACCGAGGUCGUCGAUGAGCUGUUCAUGUUAGUGCGGAAGAAGCUUGAGCAGCGGCCUGACCUGUGUUCUCGGAAGUUCACAACUGGCGAUCUAGUUCUUGCGAACUACUUCAGACGUAAGGAUGGUCUAUAUGCAUGCAUGCAAUCUGAUAGUUCAUUGCCUUCAAAAGUAGCGGCCGAGUACGAUUGGGACGGGAGGGACAAGAGCAUCAUGGGUUAUACUGACGGCACUCAUAUGGACUACCCUUUGAGGUGGAUGGAAGUGGACGUCAUAUAUCUCCCAUUUAACAUCAGGGGCAAGCACUGGGUAAUGGUAUGUAUCGACCUCGAGGAAGGCGAAAUCGUAGUAUGGGACUCCUUGACUUUAAUGACCACGAAUCAUGCUAUGGAGGAUCAUUUGAAGGUAAAUGCGCACCAUCAUCCCAGUAAUGCUCUUCAAAUGUGAUGUUAUGAAAGUCCGACCCAAUCUACCGAUCCAACCAUGGCGGAUUCGACGAGUUACGUCAGCACCACAGCAGAUUGGCGGUGGCGACUGUGGGAUUUUCUGCGUCAAGUAUUUUGAGUACGAUGUAACCGAGUCCGCAUUGGAUACUCUAACACAGUCUAGGAUCGCAUACUUUAGGAGGCAACUUGCUUUUCAAC